UUCGCUCGCCCUUCUUCCGAGGUUUCGUGCAGCUGCCCGCUCAGAAUAGUUCCAGAUGUGGCCAUGUUUAGUUUGAUCUUUGAAGUUUUCGCUCAUCGUCUCAUAACUGAUACAUUUUUAUACAAUCUGCUGACAUAGUAAUACGCUCUGUCCGACCAUCGUACUUUUCGCCUGCUUGCGACUAGUCUCGUUCAUAUAAUACAUAUGUUCUUCUUUUGGCUGAGAUAAAAAUCUCUAACGCGGAAGUACACGAGAUACGUAAACGCUGUCAUCCAUUCAGGAGACAGGAAUCGCGGAGUCCGUGAAUUUCUAUUCGAUAAUUUAAUAUCGUCAGUAACCAGACCCGUGUCUGAUUGAUUCAUAGUUCCAAAGAAAAUUAAUUUGUCGCUCCCUUUCUCUCUCUUUUCCGAUAACUUAAUAAAACAAAAAGAGAGAGCCGUUAUCGAAUUUACGAAGUCGGGAUUCGUCAAAGUGGAAAGGCUACGCUUUAUACAUUCUUCGAGGCUUCGGUUGUAUUAUUCGGAGAAAAACGACUUUUCCUUUCUUUUUCGUUAUAAAAGUUACAAGAAACGUACGCGUAUUUAAUUUUCUCAUAUUUAAUUAAAUCAUACGGGGAGAAACUAAAACGCCCACAAGCUUAUCGUUGGUCAGCCAUAUGCCACGUCAAGCCAGAAUGACGUUGCAGUGGUAAGAUCGCGCCAUUGAACGAAAUUACAAUAGCCCAAGAAAGGAGAAGCUAUACAAGUGAAAUACGUACUUCACCGAAUGUAAAAGUGCAAUAAUACUAUAAUAACUGGAUAAAAUAAAACAAAUAAGGCUUUAGUACAGAAUAGCUUAUUGUGUUAAGGCGAGAAGAAUAUUCGAGAGAAAAAAAACAGGGGCGUAGCCAAGCUGCAAAAAAAAAGGCGAAAAACGUUAAUAUAAAUCUGAUACACAUUUUGGUUGUGGCGGCAGGCGCACGCGCGCGCGCAAGAAAGAGAAAGAGAAACGGAGAGACACGAAAUAUAUUCAUUCUGUAGGCUAAUUUGUGCUCAAUAACGAGUAUUUUGAAAAUUUUCAAAUGCUAGAAUUCAGGCACGCGAUUAUUUCGCAAGCAAAGAACCAUCGAGUGUGGUCGCGUCAAUCGAUCGAAUGAUCAUCGUCGGGCCACAGUGCUAUAUCAUACGGUACAAAACACGAUCGAUCGGGACAAAACAAUGGCAUUAGAGAGUGUUUCCGCGGCUGAGACUCUAAUCCAAAGCACCAAUGAUGAUGAUCUAGAGGAUGGAGAAAUUCCAUCUGAUGAAGAUGAUGAGCCUACACCACCACCACCGCUACCACCACCACCACCACCACUAAAUGAUGAUGCGACUAAAAAUUCAUCAAAAACAGAUACAUCAAAAAAUAAAACUUUUGAUUCAAAGUUUAGUAAAAAUAAGAAAUCAAGUGUUCAAGGAAGUAGUAAGCAUGAUAGGUUUUUGAAAUACAAAAGCCCAACUGAGGAUUGGGCUGGGGAUGUUGAGAAAGCAAUUAGAGCAGCCUUAGAAGAAGAUAGUAGUAGAAGCCAAGACUCAAAGUCUAAAAGUAAAAAUACCAGAAGUAAGAGUAGGAAAAGAAUACGUGAUGAAAGGGAAGAAGAUCGUAAUAAGGAUCAGAAGAGACGAAAAGUAAGCGAUGAUGAAAAUAUUAACGAAGAUGAAGAUGAAAUGUUAUUUGUUAGAGGUGCUUCACCUGUUAGAAAAGAUUCUCAAGAGAAUAGUUCUCCAAGACAUACAAAUGAACAUGAAAAUUUUGAUAGCAAUUCAGAUUAUGAUGAGAGACCUAGUGUAAAUCGACAUAGGGAUAAUGAUAACAAGCGUAGCAAUACAAGAGGAGGUGGAGGUGGAGGAGGACGCAGAGGUGGUAAAAAUGAACGUGGAGGUAAAAAUAAAACUCGAGGUCAAAUGCGAAACGAUAGAAAUGGACGACGGAAUCAGAACAAUGAUCACAAUCAAGAUCCGGACGCUAUUUGUGUUUAUUACAUGCAAGGAAAAUGUCAUAGAGGGGAUGAUUGCCCUUUUUCGCAUAAUGCUUUACCCCCUAGGAAAAUGGAACUAUGCAAAUUUUAUUUAAUGGAUUGCUGUGCAAAAAGAGACAAAUGUCUUUACAUGCAUCAUGAUUUUCCAUGUAAAUUUUUUCAUACAGGAUUGAAAUGUAAUCAAGGAGAAAAUUGUAAAUUUUCCCAUCAACCUUUAAACGAACAGGUGAAAGGAAUUUUAUUAAAACAUUUAGAAACAGCACCAAAGGAAAUUCUUGGAGAUUUUCCACGUUUAAGUAGGGAAGGAGCAAUGUUAAUGAUAAAUAAAACAGCAAGAACAUUAGCACAGGGUCAGGAAGUAACGAAUCAAAAGAUUCCAAGUCUUUUUGACUUAAAUGUACCUGCACCACCGACUACUACCAUUACCACCACAAUUACCACCACCACCACCACCAGUACCACAGAAAAGAAUAAUGAAAAAGAAGAAAAAGACGAGCAAACGUCUCAACAUAAAAAUAUUAGAGAAAGAAAACCAUCUGGCAAAAAGACUCGAUGGGGUUCCGACGAGGAUAGAGUUCCAUAUGAACAAAUCAUGUUAUUGCAAUCAGCCAAUGAGUUUGGUUUACAGCUUCCUAAUGCUGCAUUGGGUUUAGCAACUCAACAGCAGUUACAGCAAAAAUCAGUGAUAUCGCAAUCCAUGCCAAGCAUGGAUUUCUAUACUGAAAAUAGUAAUUCUGAAUCAAAUAAAACUAUAAACAAAGUACGAGAUAGAGAAGACUUUACAAAAGACGUAGAAGAGGAUGAAAUUUUGGAACAGGCAAAAAAGAAAGGUACUUCGAUACUUGAAAAUUCGAAGGAUGUAGAUUUAAGGCAGCUGUUAAAAGCUUCGAAGAAACCACCACCUGUUGUUAGUAUAGCUGACGAGGUAGCAAAUCUUACUAAAUCGAAAUUUGAUGAAGAAAGUGAUCAAGAUGAAGAAACGGAUCUUGUUAUAGAAAUGCCAACCGAAGAAGAGGAUAAAUCGAAAGAUAAGGGCACAGAUCAAGAAGAAACAAAUACAAUUAAUGACGAAGUUAACAAUCAAGAUAGCCUUUUAUCUCGUACAGAAGAACAGGAAGUACCGGCUCACUUACCAAAAAAGGCUCAAGAAUUAUUUAUGCGUAUUCAACAGCAACAGAGAGCAGCUCAAGACAGCUUUAAAAAUAUAGAAAAUGAAUGCUCUACAAGUAAUACAGAUCAAAUUCUAGAAGACUGGUAUUCAGACGACGAGGACGACGAUGACGACGACGAAGGUGGAAAUUUAACGAUAGUACUUUCUAAUAAAGAUAAUCCAAAAGAAGAAAAUGAAUGUGCAGAAAAAACACAGAACACUGUGAUUAAAGAAGAAUGUCGGUCUACGACGUCUGCGCCUACUAUACCUCAGCCAGCUGCUAUCGUGGACAAACUUGGAGAUUUAAGUAAAAUUGACAUCAGUGCUGAGGUGUCAAAAUUAUUAUCUUCGCUUAAAGCGCAUAGUUCAACAAGCGGUAAAGGCAGUCAACAAGCCUUUAAUGCGAAGGAUUAUCCUUCAAAAAUGAAAUCUACCUCUCCUGAUAGAAUAUCAUCGGACGAGUCCAAUACUCAUGAUAAAAUGUGUAUUCCUGCUACGUUUAAUGCUUCGAAUCAGCUGUCGAAAAUUGAAAAUGAAACAUCGAGUCCGCAUUCUUCCCCUGGGCCAAGUUCCACGUCUAUAUCCAGAGAUCCUCGCAUGUCCAGAGAUCCCAGACAACGCAGGGAUGAACAGAAAUCAAACAGUCCUAGUCGGAUAGAAAGUAAAAAGGAAUCUAAGCAUCUCAGAUUAGAAACAAGUAUAUACAGUUCUGGUAUUACCGCAAGUGAUACAAAUAUGGACACUGAUCUUCGAACUAAAACUGAUCAAGAUCUCCGAAGAAAAGAUAUGGAUUUCAGGCAACAAUUUCAGACAAGCUUCGGAGAUACGGAUCUACGAGUUGUCGGUGCAGGAUUUACAGAUGCAUCGACAAAAUCAGACGUUGAUUUGCGACAAAUGUUAAGUUUACCAUUUAAACCUGCACCAUCUCAUGUACCUUGCACAGAAAUAGAUGCGAGUAUAUCUUCGCACCCUCCUAUGACGUACAAGGUAUACGUUGUCGACAUACCAAGGCCCGAUUACACGGGUCUUAAACUGACGAAAAAUGAUGCUCAAGUGAAAUAUGAUCCACGUUUGAGAAAAAUCUUUAGAAUAGGUAAAAUUGAAUUAGCCGAUUCCCCGAUGUCUCCGCCUCCGGUUAAACCAGACACUCCGAAGUCACCGCCCCAAGUUCGAUCUGACCCGCGACGAAAAGCUCUCGAGGCUUCCAAUUUAGCUCCUCAGAAUAUCAAUGCUUCCAUAAUGAAAAAUGUCCAGCAGCAAUCACCGUUGGAAAUGUCAAACAUGGGGAUGGGUCCUGGUGGGAUGUCUGUACCUCAGGGUAUGCCUGGCUCGCAAAGUAUGCAAGGUGGGCAGAGUAUAAUCCAUAUGGGUCCUAAUCCAAUGCUUGGAAAUAUGGGUCCGAUGGGUCCUAUGAUGAAUGCACCUAUGGGUCCUCAAAAUAUGCCACCGAUGAGUAUGGCAGGAAUGUCUAACAUGCCUCCAGGAAUGGCUAUUAACGGGCCAGUUGUACCUCAGGGUCAAAUGAAUUUUGAUCCACGUUUUAACGUCCAACGUAAUAAUGGUGCUGGACUUUUGGGUCCAGCGCCUGGUGUAGGCUUUGGACCGGAUGUUAAUCCUUCGUACGAUGGUGCACCAACUUAUCCGAGUGGUAAUUUUAAUAACUUUGGCCCUGGUCCUGGCCCGGUACCUCCAGAUUCUAACAUGAUGGGAUUCAGUCCGAACGGUCCAAAUCCAAACUUUGGUAUGGAUGGUCCUGAGUGGAGUGGAACUAAUCAGAAUAGACGUGGUGGUAAAAUUAGACGACGAAAUCGUAAUAGGACCAAUAUUGUGACUAAUAAUUAAUUGAAAUAAGCAAUUUUUGAGUAGGUACGUUAAGCGGAAGUACCUGGUGAUAAUUCUCAUUCUAAUUUAAAUUUGUACAGCAUGCAUUGAUAUAAUGCAUUCAUUUCUGCGGUCCAGAUUCAUUGAUUUUUGAUCGUGUCAAUUGUACAUGGUGUCAAAUGCUCGCUAGUGAUUAAAUAGUUAAUUAGAAUUUUAAGGUAUUAAACAAAUACUAAAAAAUUGUACAUGGAUACACACACACGUUUUCAAGCAUUUCUUAUAAAACAAUACAUACCAAAUGAAUGGUGUGAAUAAUGCUCAUAAACACGUGACGUUCUAUAUUUUAUUUAAAAAAUAUAAAGCAUAUUCUACAUGAAAAGUAUAUACAAAAUACAUUUAUUAUUCUAUAGGUAAUUGCAAAAUGAAAUUUUCUGUGAGAAAACACGUAUCUGUAUAUAUUGAAUACCUUUAAAUUCAUUCGAAAAGACAUUUAAUACAUAAGAUAUAUACGAUAAAUGAAAAUCAUUUAAUUAUAUUGAUUGAUUUAUAUCUUUUUUUAUGUCUUCCAUGUAUAAAUACGUGACACAAAUAUAUAUGUAUAUGAUUCAUGUGUACGCGGUAGUUUUGGCUUUUAGAACAGAUGUAUAGAUUUUAUUGAAUUAUGUUGAAAUAAUUAUAAAACGUUCAACUAUUAAAUGGCUUAAGGCCUACUAAUGAAAACUAAAACACCAAUGAUAUAACAGUACACAACUUAAUAUGAAAAUGCAAUAUUUUGUAAAGUUAAUGUAUUUAUAAGAAUUUUGAAAGUAACUGUACAUGAAAAUACUUUUUUACUUACAUUAGAAUUUGAAAAAUAUAGAUGGGGAGGGUAUAUGUAUAAAAUCUUUCAUUUAGAAAAUUUGCAAAAAUUGCAAUUGUAAUUAUUUAAAUUGUUGUGAAAUUUAGGUUUUAUAUUACUAGACAAAAUUUUAUCUAGUAAAUAUCAUUUGUAAAUUCUGUGGUAUAAACACAUGGUUCCAUGCUGAUGCUAAAUACACACUUACCUGUUAAAAUGCAGAUUAAAAGUACUUUCUCUUUGAAAGAUAAUAUUAGAAAUGGAGUAUACAUUUAAAGAUUGUUUAGUCAUUAUCCACUGUUAAUCUAUAAAUAUUUUUUUUUAUUAUUAUUAUUAUUAUUAUUAUUAUUAUUAUUAUUAUUCU